AUGGCUUACUACUCAUCUACCCGUUCUUCUCGCAGUACUUCUCCGACUCCAUUAAUGUCGUUUUUCUAUCUUUGCCUGAUCAUCUUAUUCCUUAGUACUUCCUCUGCGUUUGGUAGUGGAUUAGGGGUCUCUUCCUCUCAGUCGUCAUCAAGUGAAACAGAGGCUCUACUCAAAUGGAAAGCCACUCUCCAAAACUACUCUGUCCCUGCUCUCCGUUCUUGGAAGCUUACAUCAUCACCAUCAUCUCCCAACACCAAUACUACUGCUACGGCUUCUUCAUCAUCAGCACCAAUCCCCUGCUGCAAGUGGUUUGGUAUAACCUGUAACAAAGCCGGAAGCAGCGUGGUUGAGAUUAGCCUUCCAGGACUCGAGCUGCAAGGUACGCUUCACAACUUCACCUUCUCUUCCUUUCCCAAUCUCCUCCGUCUCAAUCUCAGCCUCAAUGGACUCACAGGACCCAUACCAGUGCAUAUUGGUAGCCUCUCCAAACUCACCCUCCUUGAUCUCUCCAAUAAUUAUCUUUCCAGCGUUCUGCCUCCCUUAAGUAAUUUAAGCAGCCUGCAAUUCUUAGACCUCUAUGGCAAUGAAAUCAGUGGCACAAUUCCUUUAGAAAUAGGGAAUAUGAAAAAUCUGGUUGAGUUAGCAAUAGGUUCGAAUAAAUUCACUGAUAUGAUCCCCCAUGUCCUAGCUAAUUUAAGCAACCUUCACUUUCUAUACUUGCAUACCAAUGAACUCAGUGGUGCAAUACCUUACGUAAUGGGAAAUCUAGAAAUUUUGGUUGAGUUGGACCUAGCUGAAAACAAACUCAUUGGUCCAAUCCCUCAUUCUCUCUCUAAUUUAACUAGACUAGAGACUCUCUAUCUGUUUGACAAUCAAUUAUUUGGUCUGGUGCCUUCUGAAAUCGGAGAUAUGAAAAAUCUGAUUGACUUGAAGCUAUCUCAAAACAAACUCAGUGGUGCAAUCCCUCAUUCUCUGUCUAAUUUAACUAGACUAGAGACCCUCUAUCUGUUUGACAAUCAAUUAUUUGGUCUGGUGCCUUUAGAAAUUGGAGAUAUGAAAAAUCUGGUUAACUUGGCACUAUAUCAAAACAACCUCGGUGGUCCAAUCCCUCAUUCUCUGGCUAAUUUAACUAGAUUGAAGAGCCUCUAUUUGUAUGGCAAUCAAUUAUCUGGUCCAAUGCCUUUAGAAAUUGGAGAUAUGAAAAAUCUGGUUAACUUGGCAUUAUAUCAAAACAACCUCAGCGGUCCAAUCCCUCAUUCUUUGGCUAAUUUAACUAGAUUGAUGAGCCUCUAUUUGUAUGGCAAUCAAUUAUCUGGUCCAAUGCCUUUUGAAAUCGGAGAUAUGAAAAAUCUGAUUGACUUGGAGCUAUCUCAAAACAAACUCAGCGGUCCAAUCCCUCAUUCUCUGGCUAAUUUAACUAGACUAGAGACCCUCUAUUUGCAUUCAAAUCAAUUAUCUGGUCCAUUUCCUUCUGAAAUCGGAGAUAUGAAAAAUCUGAUUGACUUGGAGCUAUCUUAUAACAAACUCAAUGGUCCAAUCCCUCAUUAUCUGGCUAAUUUAAGUAAACUAGAGUUCCUCCAUUUGAACGACAAUCAAUUAUCUAGUCCAGUGCCUUUUGAAAUCGGAGAUAUGAAAAAUCUGAUUGUCUUGGACCUAUCUUAUAACAAACUCAAUGGUCCAAUCCCUCAUUCUCUAUCUAAUUUAACUAGACUAGAGUUCCUCUAUUUGAAUUCGAAUCAAUUAUCUGGUGCCAUACCUCAAGACUUUGGCAGCCAAGCAUCCAUUGUAGAAUUCCAGUUGUCCAACAACAUCUUAUCUGGAAGCUUACCGCAACAAAUAUGCCAAGGACGAUCACUUCAACGAUUAGUGGUUCAAAACAAUAGUCUUACGGGUCCUAUUCCUGACUUCAGAAAUUGCACAAGUUUAAUGAGAGUUAGACUUGAAAAAAACCUAUUAGUAGGAAAUAUAACUGAUAGUUUUGGUGUAUAUCCACAUCUUUAUUACAUUGAUAUGAGUCACAACAGACUAUAUGGAGAGCUAUCACCAAAUUGGGGAAAAUGUAAGAAUUUGUCCGUUCUGAAGAUUUCUGGAAAUAAUAUUAGUGGGAAGAUACCACUUGAGAUUGGUCAGUUAACUCAACUUGGAGAACUUGAUCUUUCUUCCAACAAACUUGCUAGAGAAAUACCAAAGGAACUUGGUAACUUAUCUACAUUGCUCCUUUUGUAUUUAAAUGACAACCAGAUUUCAGGGCAUGUACCAGUUGAAAUCGGCAAAUUAAUCAAUUUGGACCAUCUAGAUUUAUCGGCCAACUGCUUGAUUGGAUCAAUCCCGACGCAACUUGGUCAAUGCUCCAAAUUGUUGUCAUUAAAUUUGAGCUGUAAUUCAUUGAAUGGAAGCAUUCCAUCUCAAAUUGGUGAUCUUGUAUCCCUACAAGUGCAAUUGGACCUUAGUCAUAACUCAAUCAGUGGACCGAUACCACCAGUGCUUGGAAAUUUGAUGAUGCUGGAAAUUUUGAAUCUAUCCCAUAAUAUGAUCACAGGCUCAAUACCUUUUUCUCUUGAAAAUAUGGUUAGCUUAGUAUCUCUUGAUCUAUCCUACAAUGAGUUAGAGGGUGUUGUCCCCAACACUAGGGUUUUUAGAAAUGCUUCUUCACCUCAAGCAUUUAGAAACAAUAAAGAGUUAUGUGGUGAACUUCAAGGUCUACUUCCUUGCAAUCCAUCUCUUACAAGCAAAGGAUUGAGAAAAAGUGGACAGAAAGUCGUCAUAUCCCUCGUUGCUUCUUUGAUAGGACUUUUGUUCCUAAUAUUUGCAAUUAUUGGUGUUUUCUUCCUCUUGCGAAAAAAAGUGAAAAAAGGGAAUAUAGAAGAGGCAAGAAGAAACCAUGGCAAUAUCUUUUCAAUAUGGAAUUUCGAUGGCAAGAUUGCUUAUGAGGAUAUUAUUCAAGCAACAGAGGGUUUUGAUGUCAAAUAUUGCAUUGGAAUUGGAACUUAUGGGAGUGUUUACAAAGCAGUGCUACCUACAGGCCAUGUAGUCGCCUUGAAGAAGUUCCAUCCAUUGGAAGGUGAGUUGAUAGUUGAUGAGGAAAGCUUUGGGAAUGAGAUUCGUGUGUUAACAGAAUUACGGCAUCGAAACAUUGUCAAACUUUAUGGAUUCUGCUCUCAUCCACGAUGCAUGUUUCUAGUUUAUGAGUACAUGGAAAAAGGAAGCAUAGCACAUAUCUUAAGCAAUCAAGCAAAGGCUCUGGAGUUUGAUUGGCUGAAAAGAGUAAAUGCCAUCAAAAGUGUUGCCAAUGCUUUGUCUUACUUGCAUCAUGAUUGCAUUCCACCAAUAAUUCAUCGGGAUAUUUCAAGCAAAAAUAUUUUGCUAGACUUGGAAUUUGAGGCUCAUGUAUCCGAU